CAAGCUCUUGUCAUGUUAGACAAGUGCUUUUCUCUUGGAUUUGUGCCUGACAUUGUUACCGUGACCAAGGUGCUGCAGAUUCUCUGCAGCUCAGGGCGUGUAUCUGAGGCUGUCGAGAUUUUAGAAAGAGUGGAGAGUAAAGGAUGCCUUGUCGACGUCGUCGCUUAUAACACCUUACUCAAAGGCUUUUGUGAAUCAGGAAAAGUGAAAGUUGGGCGUCGGAUUUUGAAGGAAAUGGAGAGGAAGGGAUGCCUUCCGAAUUUAGAUACCUAUAACGUUUUGAUCCAUGGAUUCUGCAAGUCCGGCUUGUUGGAUUCGGCUAUGGGUCUGUUUAAUGACAUGAAGACUGAUGGGGUUCAAUCGAAUUUGGUUACAUAUGACACAUUGAUUAGAGGUUUGUGCUAUGGAGGAAGGACCAAAGACGGGUUUCUGAUCCUGCAACUAAUGGAGGAGAGUAAAGGGGGUUGUGGGGGCCGAAUUAGUCCUUAUAAUAGUAUCUUGUAUGGUCUAUACAAAGAAAAUCGUGUGGAUGAAGGGCUUGAGUUUCUAACCAAUAUGGGGAGAUUAUUUCCUAGAGCUGUUGAUAGGAGUUUGAAGAUUUUAAACUUGUGCAGUGAGGGAAAGGUUGAGGAUGCAAAGAGCAUUUAUGAUCAGCUGAUUAGUGAAGGAGGAGCACCAUGUGUUAUUGUUUACAGCCAUUUGAUCUGCGGAUUUUGCGAAGAAGGGAAUCUUCGGGAAGCCCUUGCGCUGAUGAAUGAGAUGAUUGCUCGUGGCUAUUCUCCUAUUGCCUCGACAUUCAAUUCGCUCAUCAGCGGGUUUUGCAGUCGAGGAAGAAGUGAUGCCAUAAGACUUGUGGAAGACAUGGUUGGGAGAGGAUGUACUCCUGAUGCUGGAAGUUACAGUCCUCUGGUGCAUGCUCUUUGCAGGGAAGGGGAUUUUCAGAAGGCUUCAAUGAUGGUUUCACAAAUGGUAGAAAAGGGUAUAAUUCCUGAUUAUUGUGCAUGGAGCUCGUUGAUUCUUUGUCUAUGUAAAGGAAAAGAAUGUUUAGAAAACAAUCAUAUGUUUCGUAGAAAUGAGUUGCUGAAGCUCAUAAUAGAGACUUAA